AUGCCUUCGACUGGGAUCUUCUCAUCUCGGUCCUCCAGGACAUCCGCGCCGAGAAGCCGGUCCACAUCCCCCACUAUGACAUGAAGACCUCCACCCGUGUGCCGGACCAGAGCGUGCGCAUUGAGCGCCCGGCGGUGGUCCUGCUUGAGGGCAUCCUGGUUCUCUUCGACGCGCGCGUCCGUGGUCUCCUGUCGAUGGCCAUCUUCGUCGACGAGGACUCCGAUACCCGUCUGGCUCGCCGCG